CGCGUCGCCCAUUGGCGGAGCCGCGCCUUAAUCCCGCCCGCGAGAGGAGGGCUGGGCUGAGGCGCUGUUUGUGUGCUCGGGCCGCAGCGGGAGGCCGGGGCCGCAGGUGAGAGGAUUUGGUGUAACAGGAGCAGCCGGUGGUCCUGGGGCUGGUGCUGUAGGGUGUGCGUGCUGCAGCACUGCAUCCAGCCCGUGGAAGUGCAAAGGACUGCCUGGUGGAACCAACGCCUGCGCUCCCAGCGUCGGUGCCUUCCCGGCUCUCAGCAGGGCAGGAGCCCAGCAGCAGCCCGGCCAUGACCAGCAGAGGAGCCGCCAGGCCGAACGGGCAAUCCCAAGCCAGCAAAAUCUGUCAGUUCAAACUGGUGCUGCUGGGCGAAUCGGCGGUGGGGAAAUCCAGCCUGGUGCUGCGCUUCGUCAAGGGGCAAUUCCACGAGUACCAGGAGAGCACCAUCGGGGCGGCGUUCCUCACACAGUCCGUCUGCCUGGACGACACAACGGUGAAGUUUGAGAUCUGGGACACGGCGGGCCAGGAGCGAUACCACAGCCUGGCCCCCAUGUACUACCGGGGGGCGCAGGCCGCCAUCGUGGUCUACGACAUCACCAACCAGGAAACAUUUGCACGGGCGAAAACAUGGGUGAAAGAGCUGCAGAGGCAAGCCAGCCCCAGCAUCGUCAUUGCGCUCGCGGGCAACAAAGCCGACCUGGCCAGCAAACGUAUGGUGGAGUACGAAGAGGCGCAGGCUUACGCAGAUGACAACAGCCUGUUGUUCAUGGAGACGUCGGCCAAGACGGCGAUGAAUGUGAACGACCUCUUCCUGGCCAUCGCCAAGAAGCUGCCAAAGAGCGAGCCCCAGAGCACGAGCGGUGCAGCGGGGAGGAGCAGAGGCGUGGACCUUCACGAGCAAACCCAGCAGAACAAGAGCCAGUGCUGUAGCAACUGAAGGGCGGCCUUCGGCAGCGGCCUGCGAGCGAGGAAGAGCUGAAAUAUAACCUCCAAACCUCCGCCCCCCUCCACCACACCUCACCUCCCCUCCGUAACGGCGCACCGAGAAAAACCCACCCGAACCAGAACCCUCCCGAGAGCUCUAACUGCACUUUUUAAUGCUUCAAAGCCACCACCAGACACCCGUGAGCACCAUCCCGAUGGCAGUGGAACUCCAUCCGCCGGGGACUUAACUUCCAGAGGGGGGAAACAAAACAAAAAAA